GUGUUCGGCGAAGAGGUCUCUGCGGCGGGAAAUUCGUUCAGGCGACUGCUAUGGCCACCCAUUUCCUCUUUGAGCCUUGGCCCUUGCCAGGUCCUCGGGGGCUUGGGAGUGUCAUUGGUGGAUGACCGCAGCUCUUGCUGCUGCCGCUGUCACCGCGAUCAUGGCAUCUGGCAGCAGCGGCCUGGCAGCCGCCCGCCUCCUAUCGCGCUCCUUCCUCCUGCAACAGAAUGGAAUUCGGCAUUGUUCCUAUAUAGCGUCCCGGAAACAUCUCUAUGUUGAUAAAAAUACAAAGGUUAUUUGCCAGGGUUUCACUGGUAAACAGGUAUGUGUCAAGAUGUUUUAUAAAGAUGCGUAUUGCAGCUCUUUGACUUUUUCAGGCAUUGGAGGUGAUCCUUUUAAUGGCACAGAUUUUAUUGACUGCCUUGAAAUCUUUCUGAAUGAUCCAGCCACAGAAGGCAUCAUAUUGAUUGGUGAAAUUGGUGGUAAUGCAGAAGAAAAUGCUGCAGAAUUUUUGAAGCAACAUAAUUCAGGUCCCAAGGCCAAGCCUGUGGUGUCCUUCAUCGCUGGUUUAACUGCUCCUCCUGGCAGGAGAAUGGGUCACGCAGGGGCGAUUAUUGCUGGAGGAAAAGGUGGAGCCAAAGAGAAGAUCUCGGCCCUGCAGAGUGCGGGAGUUGUGGUCAGCAUGUCUCCUGCCCAGCUGGGAACCACCAUCUACAAGGAGUUCGAAAAGAGGAAGAUGCUAUGAAAGAGAAAAGAAGUUCCCUAAACCUGUGGCGUGAUUAUGGAAAUGUGCGGCAGCAGCGAUUUGCUUCUCUUGUCCCUCACUGUCAGCCUGUGUACCUGUCGCUGCUUUGUCAGUAGCACGAAGUCAAAACAAGGUUCAGAAUGUCCAAUAUCGGGAUGUCUCCACCUCAUCGUGUAACACACAGCCAGUAAACCUACCAUUUGAUUUGAA